CUGCUCCAGAGUCAGUAGAUGGACGCGCUCGCGCUCCGGCCUGCAGCGAGGAGGAGAGCGGUAGUUUGAGUGUUAGAUUUCCGCCCCGGUUCCUCACACGGUGUUUGUAGACGCCUCUCUGAAGCGCUGUGUAGAUCCAGUGUUUGGGCUUGUGAUUAUUCUUUCUUUCUUUCAAGAUGAGCUCCGGGACGAACGUUGUGCAGGUGACUAACGUGUCUCCGAGCGCCACCUCGGAGCAGAUGCGCACUCUGUUCGGCUUCCUGGGAACCGUCGAGGAGCUCAAACUCUUCCCUCCUGAUGACUCCACCAUGCCGGUGACAUCGCGCGUGUGCUUCGUGAGGUUUAACGAGCAGGAGUCGGUCGGCGUUUCCCAGCACCUCACUAACACGGUCUUUGUGGACAGGGCUCUUAUAGUUGUGCCCUACGCAGAAGGUGUGAUCCCGGACGAGUCGAAAGCUCUGUCGCUGAUGGCGCCUGCCAACGCCGUGGCCGGGCUUCUUCCAGGAGGAGGACUGCUUCCGACCCCCAACCCUCUUGCAUCGAUGGGAGGUGGUGUUCUGGGUGCGCUCGGUGGUCCCGCCAUGUUACCUGGAGCCGGCAUGGCCCCCCAGGCUCUCUCUGCUGAUCAGAUUCUGAAGCUGAUGACGUCUGUGGAUCCAACGAUGAACCCGAUGGCAGCGAGCAUGGGUCUGAAGUCAGACGCUUCCAACAAGGAAAUCGAGGAAGCCAUGAAGAGAGUCCGAGAGGCGCAGUCUCUCAUCUCGGCUGCGAUCGAGCCCGGCAGUAAAAAAGACAGCAAGCGCAAGCAUUCCCGCUCCAGAUCCAGGUCUAGAUCCAGACGCAGGAGAUCCCGCUCUCGCUCCCGACACAGGAGGUCGGGCAGCAGGUCUCGGAGACGCUCGCGAUCCCGGAGCCGCAGACGCUCCCGGAGCCCCAGGAGGAGGAGAUCCCGCUCCAGAGACCGCGGCCGACGCUCCUCCAGCAAAUCCAGGGAUAGAAAGAAAGAGGAGAAAGACAAGAAACGCUCUAAAACGCCUCCAAAGAGCUACAGCACCGCCAGGAGAUCUAGAAGCACGAGCCGGAGACGAAGAAGGAGCAUCAGCCGAUCUCCACGGAGAUCUCCUAAGAGAAGAGCAUCCAGGACACCCUCACCAAGAAGACACAAGAAGGAGAAGAAGAGAGAUCGGGAAAGGGAGAAGGACCGAGAGCGCGAGCGGGACAGGAGAGUGGACCGAGAGCGCAGUCGCGACGAGCCCGACCGCUCCUCCACCAAGAAGAAAAAGAGCAAAGACAAGGAGAGAGAGCGGACGUCCGAUAGCGAGAAACGAGACGUGAAGGUGACGCGAGACUACGACGAGGAGGAGCAAGGCUACGACAGCGAGAAGGAGCGCGAGGCGAAGGAUUCCGACGAUUCGGGCUCCUCUCCCGCACGCUACGACGACGGCGACGGCAGCAAGCACACCCCGAAACAGGCCAAGCAGAACGGGGACGACCACCACGAAGAACAGGACAUGGACGUGAGCGACUGAGACCCAACGAACUUUUGAUGGAGGAGCAUCCUGAUUUUCGAUUCGCCCUCGCGGCUGUGCGUCUUCUUUAAUAAGCUCCGAAUUUAACCUCGCUGUUUCUCGUCGUUCAGACCUGACCGGUUUGGGUUCAGUAACAGCAGAAGUAGCCUGUUUUUUUUCCUCUUUCCAUCUUCUGAUCGCAUAUAAUUUCUCCUGUUUUGGCCUUAAAAGGGAAGGAUGGUUAAUUUCAGUGUUUCUCAAGACGACUCCUACAUUACUUUCCCCUCUUUUUGUUUUUCAGUAAAUGACACAGAUAGAUGGUUGUUUUUUUUUUUGUUUCUUUUUCUUUCUUUGUCAUCACUCUUAAUAAUGUGUCUAACAGGACAUACUGUUUAAUGUAAACAGAUCUCUCGUUUUUGUGUUGGAGAAAGUUUUUGCCCCCUUCCCCCCCCCCUCCGUUCAUCAUCUGUUUUGAUACCGAUUUGGCGUAAAUGUCAUUUUAAAUAGAACGAGUUCAUGAGACAUGUACAUGAUUAGUGCUUUAUAUUCCUAGGCUUCAUAUUCCGUAGAUGGCCAUUCUGGAGUUUGAAUUUUUUUAUACUGUAAAUAAACUCACUUGAGUCAAACACA